UAGAUGUCCUGAUUGCCCCAAGGUCAGAAGAUACUAUCAGGAGGGGGGCGUGGCUGGCUGCUGCAAAUCUCACAUGUUCUCAAACUCUUCUGCUUACAAGUACAACUCCUGAAAGUGUCUGGCUCCCUGAUCUAACCAACACUAUAUAGAGAACUAAUAUAAUGUCAGAGCCAGCUGCCAAGCGUCCGUCCCACUCUGAGAGCUACAAGGGCCUCUUUCACUCUGUGUUCCCUGGUCUGGUGAAGGAGCUCACCGAGGACGGACUGAGCAACCCCGAGAUUGCUGACGGUGUGAAACAUCUCAAGGAGGUGCUUAACUUCAACGUACCUAACGGCAAAUGCAAUCGUGGGCUGAUGGUGAUUGGUUCCCUAAAGCACAUUACUGCCGGCAAGGAACUGACCAAUGAGGAGGAGACUAAGGCGCUCAUCCUGGGAUGGUGUAUUGAGUGGCUCCAGGCCUUCUUUCUGGUGGCUGAUGACAUCAUGGACAAAUCAAAGACCAGACGAGGACAACCAUGCUGGUACCUCAAGGAGGGCAUUGGUUUGGUGGCCAUCAACGAUUCAUUUUGUAUUGAGGGCACCAUCUACAAGAUACUCAAGAAACACUUCCGCAGUGAUCCUUACUAUGUGGACAUCAUGGAGCUCUUCCACGAGGUGACGUAUCAAACUGAGAUGGGACAGACACUUGACCUCUUGACCUCUCCAGAUGGCAGUGUGGACUUCAGUAGAUUCUCUUUAGAAAGAUAUAAUGCUAUAGUCAAGUGGAAGACUGCGUUCUAUUCGUUCUACCUCCCUGCUGCCUUGGCAAUGUACAUGGCGGGUAUCAGCGACCAGAAGUCACAUGACACUGCUAAGACCAUCCUCCUAACGAUGGGAGAGUUCUUUCAAAUACAGGACGAUUACUUGGAUUGCUAUGGUGACCCAGCAGUGACAGGAAAGGUGGGGACAGACAUUGAGGAGAACAAAUGCAGCUGGUUGGUCGUACAAGCUCUGGCCAGAGUCACUCCUCAACAGAGGGCUGUCUUGCAGGAGAACUACGGUCGCAAGGAGCCGCCGGAGUGUGCUCAGAGAGUGAAGGAGCUGUAUCGAGAGCUGGACAUACGGAAAGUGUACUUGGACUACGAGGAGAGCAGUUACCGGGAGCUGAUGGCACUCAUCGAAGAGCAGGCAGCUGCAGCCUCAUUGCCCAAGGGGAUGUUUGUCGAGUUUGCUAACAGAAUCUACAAGAGGAACGCUUAGACCAACUCUAUAUAGGGUGUUUUAUUUAUGUACAAUAUCUGUAUAUUUUCACAACUUAUUUAGGAAAAAACAUUUUAAUUUUUUGGUAUUAAAAAGACGACAAUAAUAAUUUUGCAAAAUUUAAA